AUGACCGGUAAACAUGGUAUUCCAGCACUACCACUGAGAUGUCUACGGGUGUCGAGAAAGAUACUUGGUCCACGACGGCGACCCGAUACCUCGGAAGCCAUUGCUCACCGCCCUGAAGUAACGCGUAGAUCCAAAUUACAGCUCAAUGCCCCCUGGAACCUCGCACGGAUCUCCCAAGGCCAUGCCAGAAAUGACGGUUUGCGCCGAUACCGCUACGAUGCAACCGCGGGCUCCGGCACAUAUGUCUACGUGGUUGACUCUGGCAUCAAUUUCUCACAUGCCGAAUUCUCUGGACGAGCUUUCCGGGGAGCAAACUUCGUCUUAGGGUCACCAGAUGACGAUGAAUCCGACCAUGGCACUCAUAUCGCAGGAAUUAUCGGAGGGAAGACGUAUGGUGUGGCUAAGAAUUGCACCAUGAUUUCGGUCAAGGUGGUAAGCAAAAGCGGCAGAAGUAACAUGCUAUGGAUCCGGCAGGGCAUAUAUUGGGCUACUAAUGACGCCAUUGCGAAAGGUAUUGCUGACAGGAGCGUCAUCAACGUAUCUGCAGGAGGUCUGUACAAUGCCAGUGUCAACUUUGCGGUAAAGAAUGCUACUGAUGCUGGGAUCACGGUGGUUGUUGCAGCAGGGAACCACGCCACCUUCGCCGGUGCCUUCUCCCCUGCCUCAGCCGAUACUGCCAUCACAGUCGCUGCAAGUGGCCCCGAUGACUGCCGUGCUCCUUUCUCCAACUACGGCCCCUGUGUUGAUAUGUUCGCUCCAGGUGCUCACAUCGCUAGCGCCUGGAACUACGUUGAUAAUGGAAUUAAGUAUGAAUCUGGCACGAGCGCGGCAGCGGCGCAUGUUACUGGUCUAGCCGCGUACUUUAUUUCCAGCGAGAACCUAAGGGGAUUUAAGGCUGUGAGGGAGCGGAUUCUCGGCGCGAGUUUAAACGGGGUAAUUACAGAUACGCGUUACAGCAGUAACCGCCUUGCAUAUAACGACAACCGUGUGUCUUAA